GGGCCUAAGCCACUGCUGGCCCCGCCUCCAUACACCCCUGAUGGCAGUAUGGCGGCUGGGACUUGCGGAGGAGGAGAACAACUUCUUCUGGAUUCCUUCCAUAAACCUGAGGGCAGGCGGCGGGUAUAACUCACUGUGUCACGUCUAACAAAACCUGGACUGAAAUAGACGACAGCGGCGCAGUUUGUGGCUCCUACCGAGAUUUUUCCUGGGAGAUACCCGAGCUGGUGUGAUGCGUGAGGACUCCGCAGAAACUCCCCUGAUUUCUGCUUCUGUCAGUUCCGGCUAGCUGCUCGGUAGCUGCUCGGUGCAUGCUAACGCUCCUCUGCAGGACUCCGGAGAGGCAGAAAGACGGGCUAGCUCACCGGGUUUAUAAGCUUCAGGAGACAGGGAUGGCAUUUCGCCUCCACUGGGUAAGCGAACUGGUUGAGAGGGGAGUGGAGAACACCUUUAAACACCCGGAGGAGAAGUUUGUCAACACUCAUUAGCCUAGCGUAGCCUAGCUUGCUGGUACAGCGCCAGAAACCGUUAGCCGACAGUUAGCUUAGCAUGUGCAUUGGCGAGCUAACCAAUUAGCAUUUUAAUUACACAGACGAGACAUGCUAAUCCUCUACAUCCCGGGUCAGUGUUGUGGAGCCUCUGCACAAGCUAAUAUAGACAAAUAGAAGGAGCUUUAGUCAGCAAACAUCACUGACUGUGUCUGUUUCAACUCAGGGCUGCUCCUGGUGUAAGAGGUGAGCUGUUGAGGGAGUGGUGACUGUAAAGGUUCCCUGCAUCAGGGCAACACUGUCAAUUACAUUAUGACAUUAUGAUAAUAACAGAUGAUUUGCAUGUGAGACCUUACUGAAAGCCAAAGGAGUGUAAACCAGUUGUGGUGUAGGUGUUUAAGACCACACACCACCAGAAAGGGCGCUAUAAUUGAGUUAACUGCUCUAUUGAUAUCAGAUGUGUUCUUAGAUGGUUAACUAAUUCGAUAAGUAAUACCAAUUAUUGGCUUGAGCUGUGGCUAUCUUUGGAGACUAAAUAUCAGCCUCACCGGCUUCCUCUCCUGCUUCAGAUCUGAAGUAGUUUGAUGGACGUGGGAGGCUGUUUGCCAGACUGUCAGUGCUAUACUCAGUCAUGUCUUGACACAUGGCACCCUGGUCUGUACAUAGUGCCUGCUGUCAGAUGUGAGUCGUUAUGUAGCUUUGGCAGAUAGUCAGUGAAGGGAAUGUCUUGUCUUUUUAUACCUGUUGGUUUGUUUUUAUUUUCAAACACAGACGAGUCUUGUUGGAUCAAAGUGGGGAACAGCCCGUACAGCGGACAAUGUGUAUCAGUUAGUGCCUAGAAGCUUUGAGGACUAACUUUUCGGGGCCUACACUCAGGCCAAAGAUAUCUUUGAUUAUUCAUUGGGGAUUGUAACAGAAGACUGCCACUCUGGAUCAAGAAAACCUGUCCCUCGUGUCCGGUUGGAGUAAUACUCUAAAGCCAAAAUCAAUGCCUUCAGCGCUGGCCGUGUUCGCCUGCCGACCAAACUCGCACCCAUUCCAGGAGCGACAUGUAUACCUGGAUGAGCCAGUCAAGAUCGGCAGGUCGGUGGCGCGGUGUCGACCGGCACAGAACAACGCCACCUUUGACUGCAAGGUGCUGUCCAGGAAUCAUGCUCUGGUCUGGUUCGACCACAAGACCGGCAAGUUCUACCUGCAGGACACGAAGAGCAGCAACGGGACGUUCAUCAACAGCCAGAGGUUGAGUCGCGGCUCGGAGGAGAGUCCGCCCUGCGAGGUUCUCUCUGGCGACAUCAUUCAGUUUGGGGUCGACGUCACUGAGAACACACGUAAAGUCACUCAUGGCUGCAUCGUGUCAACAAUCAAACUCUUCCUACCUGAUGGGAUGGAGGCACGCCGACGAAGCGAUGUCAUCCAGGCGCCGUUACCUCUACCUGUAGACAAGGUUGCAGCCAACACUCCCAGCAUGUAUUCUCAGGAACUGUUCCAGCUCUCCCAGUAUCUGCAGGAGGCCUUACACAGAGAGCAGAUGUUGGAGCAGAAGCUAGCCACCCUGCAGCGUCUGUUAGCCAACACCCAAGAGGCCUCAGAGAGCAGCUGGCAGGCUCUGAUUGAUGAAGACCGUCUGCUCUCCAGACUGGAGGUGAUGGGCAGUCAGCUACAGGCUUACUCUAAGUCCUCGACGGAGGAAGGGAUCCGUAAGGAGCUCCUGGCUCUUCAGGAAGACAAACACAACUACGAGACGACGGCGAAGGAGUCUCUGAGGAGAGUCCUGCAGGAGAAGAUUGAGGUGGUCAGGAAGCUGUCGGAGGUGGAGCGCUCCCUCAGUAACACGGAGGAUGAGUGCACACACCUGAAGGAGAUGUCAGAGAGAGGCCAGGAGGAGCUGAGGGAGCUCGCCAACAAGUACAACGCCGCCGUCAACGAGAUCAAAGAGCUCACCGACAAAAUAAAGGCGGCAGAGGGCCGGCAGGAGGAGCUGACGCGGGGGGCGGCGGAAAAGAGGGAGUUGGAGCUGCGGAUCGAGGAGAUGGAGGAGAAGGAGCAGGUUCUCCAGGCUCGCAUCGAAGCUCUGCAGGCCGACAACGACUUCACCAACGAGAGGCUCGCCGCCCUGCAGGUGCGGUUAGAACAGCUACAAGAGAAAAAUAAAGAGAACAACAGCCUGGAUGUCGACAUUAUCUCCCACGGACCGCUAGAGGAGCCCGUGGAGGACAAAGAGAGCCCGCAGACACCUGAGAACCAGGAGGAAGAGGAGGAUGAGGACACAGACACCGAUGAUGGUGCAGUUGGUCCAGAUGAAGAUGCUGAUGACAACUGUCACGUAAACAACAGCGGAGGAGACUCGACUAGAAUCCAACAGUUGAUUGAGUGUCCGCCCGUCAAACAGCUGAAAGAGAGCGUCAGUUCUUCCAUCCACAAACUGGCCAACUUUGACGAAGUGAUGGACGCUCACUUAGAGAACAACCAGCUGCCAGAAGACGACAUCCUGGCAAGCCCGGACCGACUCAAAGGGAAUCAGAUGGAUGCCAAAGAGUCGGACAUGUCAGACACGCUGAGUCCCAGCAAAGACCGCAGCAGUGACGACACCUCAGACGGAAACAUGGACGACCAGGAGCUGAAUGAACCGCAGAACAGAGUCGCUCUGCUCAAAGCUGAGUUGCAUCGGGCCGGUCUAGAGCCUGGAGACACGGAGCAGGUCAUCCACCAUCUCCACAGGGAGCUCCUGGAGGCCCAGGACUUAGCCAACACCGGCAAGCAGAGGUGUCUGGAGCUACAAGCUCUACUGGAGGACGAGAGGAGGAAUAACUCUCAGCAGACUGAGGAGUCAACCAAACAGAUCCAGUACCUGCAGACUCAGCUUGGGAAGCUGCAGGCUGACAUGGAGGCACUGAGGGAGCAGAGGGAGAGCACUAUCUGCACCACCAGAGAGGAGCUCUACUCCGCCCAGGAGGAGAUUAUCGUCCUGCGGCAUGCCAUGGAGGCAGCCACAGUGGAGAGGGAGCGAGAGAUCACCGCCCUGCAGGCCGACCUGGGUGGCGUACGCUCAGAGCUGGAGCACUGGAGGAACACGGCUGCCAAGUACGAGGAGGAGAUCACCCGGCUACAGGAGGCCUUACAGCAGCAGCAGCAGCAGAGCACGACCAGCCAGCUGCAGGUCGAGUGUUCGACAUUGCAGGAGCGGUGUGUGUGUUUGCAGCAGGACUGUGACGGCCUGAGAUCUGAACGGAAAGCUCUCACGGACAAACUGCACCGCCUGGAGACGGAGCUCAGCAGCACCAGGGAGCAGAGUCAGGUCCUCAGCAGCAGUCUGGAGUCUCUGGAGAAGAGGGAGGAGGUUCUGCAGAAAACUGGGUUCUCUGGAGAACAACACCUGCAGGAUGAGAGCAAGCUGAAGAGCCAGCUGGACCAGGCCCAGGCCCACACACACACACUGCAAAAAGAGUAUGAAGACACACAGUCCCAGCUGCUGGACCUCCGUCAGCGCUACGAGAGAACAGAGAAGGAGAAACUGAACAUCCACCAGGAGCUGGAGCAGUGCAGGAGCAACCUGAAGCUGCUGCAGGACAAGACCAGCUCUAGCGGCUGGAGCCCCUGGAUGCCGGUCAUCGCAGUGAUGGUCGCCGUCACGGCAGCCGUCCUCUACCCGAACCUCUCCAAGAGCAGCUCCACCUAGGACACACAAACACACUUUACACCCACACACCCAGGGAGCUGUGAGGAGAGCGUCACUGCUUUACUUGUAUAAAGUUUAAUUGUACAUAAUUGUAGAGGGAAUAUAAAGGUUGUGGUUUCUACAGAGGUUCGAUACUUUUGGUUUAUUUUGUUUUCUGUGUUUUUUCUAGCGGAGGGGAGUUUUUUGUCGUUUUUAUUCUGGGCUCUCUCUCAGCUGUGGUGGGGGCUUUUUUCGGUUUUUUCGUCUCUCUGCUGAAUUCUGGGUAAUGAAGCAUUCUCCAGCAGGCCGAGCUUCCACACGGAAAAGACCUGCCUGAGGGUGAGUUUGCUGUCAUCCCUAAUGCUAAAAUGUACGGGAUGUAAGUGAACGCAACACUACCCAGCAACUCGGUGCAGACACGAACACGAUCCACCUUCAUCAGUGAAAACCGCAGGUCUACCCACCUUGUAGUUCUUUAGCAGCCUCUAUUCGCUCAGUCAGAACUGGUUGAAACUGGUCGCACAGAGCUGCAGGGCGUCAUCAGUGUCGUCUUUGAACAUUAUUCAACUUUAAAAUCUCAAAACCAGCUCAAUUAGUCAGUUUGUUCUCUUUCUUAGAGAACAAAGAUUCUUAAAGCUCCUAAAACAGGACCAGCUUCCCUUGUCCCGUACUAAGCAACCUGUGACGAAAAAUCUAAAUUGUUUGUGCUUUUCAUCUCCUGCUUGACACCUACCCCCUUCCAAAGGAGACGGGUAUUCCAAAUGAUAUGAAGAAAUAACGAGUCUUCUUGCUGAUGCUGUGGUUUGGUUUUUUUAAGUUCAUAGGGAGGCAAAAAUGUUAAUUUCAGUCUCUUUUUAUUACUAGAAAAAAACGCUUACUGGAGCUUUAAUAUGAUCUCCUGCUAUUUAGACUUAAAUCUUAAAAUCUGGUUAUUUUUAGUCCAAAGACAUCUGAAUUCUGUUCCUAAGGGAUAAAAAAAAAGUAAACAAUCUCCAUAAAGGUAAGAAACUAGCAACAGGAUCAAUCCUGACUGUUCUAUGGAUUUAACGUUAAGGUUAUUUAAUUUAAAGUUAAUUUUUAGUGUUAUUUGCACAUUUAACGGCUCAUGUUUUCACCUGAACUUUAAGCUCUUGUGUGGCGUUUUUUUGUUCAUGAAACAGACUGAAAUUAAUAUUAAUGUCUCUUUUUGACCUUUAGAAGCAAACAAGACAAAUAACAAGAGGAGUGACUCUUUAAAUUAUUUUAAUGAAAGCUGUUCCUGCAGCGUGCUUUCAUCUCCUCGUCUACCCCCUUCCAAAGUAACGGGAUUUCAAAUGAUAUGAAGAAAUAAUGAGUCUCUUCCUGAUGGUGUGGUUUGUUUUUUAAAGUUCAUAGGGGGGCAAAAGUGUUAAUUUCAGUCUAUUUUUAUUACUAGAUAAAAACCCUCACAGCAGCUUUAAUAUGAUCUCCUGAUACUUAAAUCUUUAAAUUUGGCAUUUUUGUCCUUUUUGAUUGAAACAUUUUAACUAUUUUACCAAGUUAAUAAAUCCGGCAACUUGAUCAAACCCGAGCUGAUCUUCUGUGUGGCUUUAACUUUAAGGUAAUUUAAUUUAAAGCUAAUGUCGUGUAAUUAACGUCUCUCGUGUUGUCACCCGAACUUUAAGCUCCUGUGUGGCGUUUUUGGCUUUUUAUGAAACAGACUGAAAUUAAUAUAAAUGUCUCUUUAUGACCUUUGGAAGCAAACAAAGCCAUUAACAAGAAGAGUGACUCUUCAAAUACACUUAUUUUAUUGUCUUAAACCACUGCAGGGAAGGGGGGUAGGUGUCAGGCGAAGGGAUUAACUGUACGCUGAUGAUGCAGCCUUUUACUUAAGUUCCUCGGAAGACUCUCAACGAGCGUGCAUUUGACUUUUAUAACUAUUAGAAACACUAAUCACACAUGUAAGGAUCAAAUCUGCAAAACCAGUUGUGUCCACAGGGGCGCCAAAAGCAAGAUGCUGAAAAUCCCAUACAGGUUUCUUUAAAGCUCUGCAGUUUAGAGCUCAAUUCCAAAACAAAUCCACAUGUGGGGAAAUGAAUAACUGAUUUGAAUACAGGGAACAGAGACAAGACAUGUCAAGGGUUUGCACUUGUAAAUCAUAAAAGAAAACCAUUUUAAAGUUGCUUAAAUGAUCAAAAGAGAAUUUGAAAAGCUCUGGUGUGUGUUUUGGGGGGAUUAUGAGGUUACUUUUGGGGCUCAUGACAGAGUAGAAAUUAAAUCUUGAACCAACCACACUUUUAUAAAAUACACGAACAGUUCUUCUCUUCAGCAGAAUAUAAUCCACAUUUCAAUAAUCCGCCUGUACUUGAAGAAUGAAUAAAUUCCCCCUAACAGUAAACCUAACCCCGUGUGUAACAGCACUUAUAAAGCACAACCAGUGCCUCAGUUCACCUGGAUCAGCGUCGUCUUCAUCCUGCACCCAGUCUGUCGGAAAGUUGGACGCCGGCGGUUUCAGUAGUUCCACUCUGCUCUGUUCUGGUUUUAGUCGGCCAUGUUGGCGUUUUCUCUGUUGGGGAGAUUUUUGGGGAUCGGGGUUUGAAAACUUGAAGCCAAAUUAUUACAAAUAAAAUUAUUUUCUUUCUGUUGAAUCUUUUUUUUUGUUUUAAUUUUGGGGCACAGAAAAAGGGGGUCAAAGUGCCUCUGAUGUAACUAACACCACAGUUUGUGUAUGUGUGUGACAGAGGACACGCACGCAAACACACACACGGUUUCUCUGUCAGAAACACACACAUGAAACACUCUUUAGGCUGUCAGAGGUCUGAUAGUGUCAGGAGUGUGGGAGGAACGAGUAUAGAAAGAUGUGUUGGUUUAAGGAGGCGGGUUUAUGAGCUGUAUCGCAGCCGGCCAUGAGGGAAGCUCCAGAUAUGCUCAGCUUAAAAAAGAGACGAACAAACGAAACCACCAAGCUAGACAAGGCUUUAAACUCUGCGGGGUCUUUCUUUACAACGUUUACUUCAGAAGGUGUGACCUGAUCCCUGGCGCCCCCUUCAGGACAAACCUCAUAUUGCAGUCCAUAACGCUACACAAUCGGCUGCAGUCUCCUCAAACUGUGAAACGUCAGACCUCUGCAGAACUCUCUGAAGCCCACACAGCGUCUUCUAAAAGUGUGUGUGUGUGUGUGUGUGUCGGUGAGCAGGAACGUGUGGUGCGCUCACACUCUGGACUCUUGAGCAGCGUUUGUCAUCGUUUGUGUACUCCGUCUUGUCUCCGUGUUUUAAAAAGAUGAAUAAUAAAUACGAACAAAUAUUCCGAUGUUUAAAGAGAAAACACUACAGUACAGUACAGAGAGAGAAUUGUAAAAUAAAACGUUAUUGAAUGAUGUGCUACUAGACUUAUUUUGUUAAAUCGUUAGAGAUAUGAGAGGGAGCUGUGUAGAGGAUACAGAUGACGAAGAUGAAUGAUGAUGUAUUGAAUAUGCAGAGAAAUGUUGGAUUAAAGUUGUAGCAAGCUGACCCACCAAA